AUGUUGGGCUUCAAGCUCACAUACAUACCAUCAGAGCUGGGUGGACUUAGACACUCACAGGUUCUAGGGUCUCAGCGACUCACAGGUCCCAGGGUCUCAGGGGCUCACAGGUCACAGGGUCUCAUGGACUCACAGGUCCCAGGGUCUCAUGGACUCACAGGUCCCAGGGUCUCACAGGUCCCAGGGUCUCACAGGUCCCAGGGUCUCAGGGAAUCACAGGCCCCAGGGUCUCACAGGCCCCAGGGUCUCACAGGUUCCAGGGUCUCAUGGACUCACAGGUCCCAGGGUCUCACAGGUCCCAGGGUCUCACAGGCCCCAGGGUCUCACAGGUCCCAGGGUCUCACAGGCCCCAGGGUCUCACAGGUUCCAGGGUCUCAUGGACUCACAGGUCCCAGGGUCUCACAGGUCCCAGGGUCUCACAGGUCCCAGGGUCUCACAGGUCCCAGGGUCUCACAGGUCCCAGGGUCUCACAGGCCCCAGGGUCUCACAGGCCCCAGGGUCUCACAGGUCCCAGGGUCUCACAGGCCCCAGGGUCUCACAGGUCCCAGGGUCUCACAGGCCCCAGGGUCUCACAGGCCCCAGGGUCUCACAGGCCCCAGGGUCUCACAGGUUCCAGGGUCUCAUGGACUCACAGGUCCCAGGGUCUCACAGGUCCCAGGGUCUCACAGGCCCCAGGGUCUCACAGGUCCCAGGGUCUCAUGGACUCACAGGUCCCAGGGUCUCAUGGACUCACAGGUCCCAGGGUCUCACAGGUCCCAGGGUCUCACAGGUCCCAGGGUCUCAUGGACUCACAGGUCCCAGGGUCUCAUGGACUCACAGGUCCCAGUGUCUCACAGGUCCCAGGGUCUCACAGGUCCCAGGGUCUCACAGGUCCCAGGGUCUCAUGGACUCACAGGUCCCAGGGUCUCACAGGCCCCAGGGUCUCACAGGUUCCAGGGUCUCAUGGACUCACAGGUCCCAGGGUCUCACAGGUCCCAGGGUCUCACAGGCCCCAGGGUCUCACAGGUCCCAGGGUCUCACAGGUCCCAGGGUCUCACAGGUCCCAGGGUCUCACAGCUCCCAGGGUCUCACAGGUUCCAGGGUCUCAUGGACUCACAGGUCCCAGGGUCUCAUGGACUCACAGGUCCCAGGGUCUCACAGGUCCCAGGGUCUCAUGGACUCACAGGCCCCAGGGUCUCAUGGACUCACAGGUCUCAGGGUCUCAUGGACUCACAGGUCCCAGGGACUCACAGGUUCCGGGGACUCAGGGACUAA